AUGAACCUAAACUCCAAGAAAAAGUCUACUCGAGUCUGUGUUGGAUUAUUUUUCCUACUUGGAGGAACCGAAUAUGGUGAGAGUUUUUCUUGAUACGUCUGCAAACAAGAGUAACCUGUACGUUUAUGCAUUGCAUCACGACCGAAAAGCCGAAUAGUUGUAUAAAUCUUAAAAAGUUUUUCCAAUUCUUUUUUGGAAAAAUUGAUUGAAACUGAGAAAAAGUGGCAAAACUCAGCCGAGAAAAUUAAUUUAAACCUUAAUACAUGUAGCUGAGGUGUACAUUUAGCUAACACUAAGAGCUUAUGAAUCAGCUAUAAACAUAGGGGCUUUGGACAUGAUAUGACUCACGAUGACCUCUUUUCGUAAACACACACGAAAAAAAAACUUUGGAAAGCGAUGGAAGCAAACUAACUGGUUAGAGGCUGUGGUUUAGUAAUGAGUUAUAAAAUGUCAUAAUUCAAGGACAUAAGUGAAGAGCAGAUAAAUACGAGAUUAAAAAUAUUUGGGCGUUACGAAAACUAAGACCCUCGAAAACUAAGACCUAAGACCUAAGACCCGUCUUAGUUUUCGAGAUUACGAAAACUAAGACCCCCUAAAAUCGAAUCCGUCGAAAUAUAAAGUCAAAUUGUAACCGAAGUUGGUCUGAUCUGUCAAAUUAUAUCAUGUUCGAUCCUUUCCACCGAGUUUUAGGUCAAAUUUAACGGUAAAUUUAGGGAUCUUAGUUUUCGUAAUUACGAAAACAAAGACCCCCACCAAAACAAUCUCUAAAAUUUCUACAAAGUCGAAUUACGACCGUUUGAAGACAAACAAAACUGCUAUCAUAUGCGUGCUGAUCUACGAUCCGCUAACAAUUUGCUUUAAAUAGAGGACCAAGGCCAUAGACUUCCCACGUAUCUAUUGUACACUGAAAAUAUGCCUUACCCCUAUUGGUAUUUAAUUUUGUUGUUUAUCCUUUAAAUCAUGAAAUUGGCUUUCCACUGGAGAUGGAUGUUUUUCCGGGAAUCCUGACCUCUGGCAACCUACUGUCAUGCAAUCUUUACUUUGUAUUGAUUGUUUGUUUAUUUUAUUGUUCUGAAAUUAGAACUCCAAUUCUUGAGACGAUGCUUUGCUAGUACAGGAAAUUCAUUCACUCAUUCGUUUUUUUUCAUUAUUUCAUGGGUGAUUUUAGCAAUUAUCCCUCACAGACUAUUUGUCCUUGCCCCCACCCCUACCCCUCAACUACCUUUGCAUUGUAACCCGGUGAUCUCUGGGGUGGCAACGAUAAAAACAAACACUAGAGAAAGGCAAUGUAGCAUAUUCUCCUUUUUUCGCCCUUUUUGUAAAAGCUUCUAUCUAUGACCUGGCCAGAAAAGGAAAAAAAAAAAUCCGUAUUUUUGUGUGAUGUUUAACCGAUAACACCCUUGACCACUUAGCGAUCAGGCAUUCAGGUCGCAGCGACAUGUCAGCCCGCAACGAUGACAAAAAUCCAUCUCCAGUGGAAAAUUAAGGAUAAACAACCAAAAUUAUAGGGGUAAGGCAUAUUUUCAUUGUACAAUUAUACGUAGGUAGUCUAUAGCUUUCAUCCUCUUCUUAAAGCCGCAAUAUUGAUAAUGUAUGUCUGCAAAUUGUUAGAAGAAGCGGAUCGUCUAGCAUGCGGAUGAAAGUAGUUUUUGUUUGUCUUACGGAUUAUAGCCUUCAAACGGUCAUAAUUCGACUUUGUAGAAAUUUUAGAGAUUGUUUUGGUGGGGGUCUUUUGUAGUUUUCGUAAUUACAAAAACUAAGAGGGGUCUUAGUUUUUGAAAUUACGAAAACUAAGAUCCCUAAAUUUACCGUUAAAUUUGACCUAAAACUCGGUGGAAAGGAUCGAACAUGAUAUAAUUUGACAGAUCAGACCUAUUUCGGUUAAAAAAAUAAAAAUAUCUAGGAAAGCUCGUCUUUGAUUGGUCAAUAGGCGAAGCGUUCGCUAGCGUUUUUAUGCAAUUUUCUUUUAUUUUUACAGGUGAUAAGUGCAUGAUCUGAUGGUUAUAUGUUUGGGGUUACCACUGUUGAAUAAAUAACCAUUGAUUUUUUUUUAUAAAAUCUUGUCCAUAGCUGUCAUUCUGCCCACAUUAUGGUUGUAUCUGCAGCAUAAAUUUGAUGCCGAGCCAUGGUUUUUUGGAGUGGUGUUUUCAGCAUUCUGUUUCUCAAAUUUAAUAUCGAGUCCUUUGUUUGGUUUCUGGGUGGACUACACACAGAAAACCAAAACUGCCAUAUUGUUUGCAAAUCUGUUUGAAAUAGGAGGUGAGUCAACAUUGUAAGGUUUUUUGGGAAUAAAAACCUGGCCACCUGGGCAUGGGUACUUCUCAAAUUCCAGGUAGCUCUACUCCUGUGCGGGCUAACUGGAAACAGAGCAAAACUUUUUUGGGGUUUAAAAGAGGCAGGUACAAAAGUCGGACCAGAUCAACUCGGACCGCCAGUCCGGGUCGGAUCAACUCGGAUCGACUCGAACCAACUCGGAUCGAAUAAAAAAAUAAAAAUAAAAUAAAACUGGACUCGGAUCAACUCGGAGCAAUUAAAAAAAUUAAAUUAAAUCAGCAAAACUAAAAGUUUAACCCAUUUGGGGGGUAAAAAAGGCCAGAUCAUCCUUUUGGCGCCAUUUUGUUUUACUAGUGCCAGUUCCUCUCGGAUCACGUUAUAAACUCGUGGUUGUGGUUCGACAGUAAAGAAAUGAUAGUUUCAGUCGCCUAGAAUGUUUAUUAGACUACUGAAUUAUUUAUGAGAAAAGCAUCAAAAGCCUGGUCUGUUGAUCGCACUUAGAUAGUUACCGAAGAGUGUUUGUUUGUUUGUUCCUGUUUGUUUUUUUUUCUGCAGGACUUUCUGAAACUUAAUUUUAAUGAUACACUAGUGAGCAGCACACAUACAUUUCCAGUGAACAUUUUCUACUUGGAAGGAGGAGAAACCAUGCUCGCCGGGGAGAAAGGAAAUUUCCAUGCCCGUGGCAAGAAUCGAACUCGCGACCCUCCGGUUCAGUGGUUGGAACGUCCGAGGGUUGUGAGUUCAAUUCUCGCCUUGGGUACGAAAAUUUUCGUUGUCCCGGGCGAGCAUGAUUUCUCCUCCUUUCAAGUUGAAAAUGUUCACUGGAAGUGUAUGUGUGCUGCUCACAAGUGUAUCAUUAAAAUAAAUAAAAAUAAAAUUAAUUUAUACAACCACAAGUUCGUGAGAAAAAAACAAAUGGCGGGUGAAAGUUAAGUGAUACCGACUGAUUUUAUUUUUCUUUUUAUAAUCUGAGUUGUUUCUUUUUUAUGAUCCAAGUUGAUCCGAGUCCAAUUUUAUUUUAUUUUUAUUUUUUUUAUUCGAUCUGAGUUGGUCCGAGUCGAUCCGAGUUGAUCCGACCCGGACUGGCGGUCCGAGUUGAUCCGGUCCGACUUUUGUACCUGCCUGUUUAAAAGUGGAGCUCUUUUUUUUUACUUUUUUCUUUCACCUUUUCCCUUUCCCACCUGUUUUUUUGCUCAUUCUUUUUCUUUCCUUUUGCUUGGCAUUUGUACAUAGGGUUCAUUUUUACGGGAAAGGUUUGGGGAAAACUUUUAGGAUUAUAGANAUAAAAUUAAUUUACGCAACCACAAGUUUGUGAGAAAAAAACAAAUGGCGGGUGGAAGUUAAGUGAUACCGACUGAUUUUAUUUUUCUUUUUAUAAUCCGCGUUGUUUCUUUUUUAUGAUCCAAGUUGAUCCGAGUCCAAUUUUAUGUUUUUUUUAUUUUUUUUAUUCGAUCCGAGUUGGUCCGAGUCGAUCCGAGUUGAUCCGACCCGGACUGGCGGUCCGAGUUGAUCCGGUCCGACUUUUGUACCUGCCUGUUUAAAAGUGGAGCUCCCUUUUUUGACUUUUUUCUUUCACCUUUUCCCUUUCCCACCUGUUUUUUUGCUCAUUCUUUUUCUUUCCUUUUGCUUGGCAUUUGUACAUAGGGUUCAUUUUUACGGGAAAGGUUUGGGGAAAACUUUUAGGAUUAUAGAAUUAGCUGGAUUGAAGAUCUUCAAGUUCAAGAUCUUCAUUGAAACUUUUGGGUCAACUUUAUUGUCAGUUUUUCUAUGGCCUGUUUGACUGAAUCAUGCUCGUUCAGGUUGUUUCUCCCUGCACAAGUUUGAUGUCAAAGUUCUUUAUGACUGUUUAAACUGAUGGCAGUUUCUUGUGUGCAAAGUCCUUAAAUAUUUGUCUAAGGUAGUUUUACAUACAUGCAGGGCUCAAAAUAAUUUUCCGAUGGUGACCGGACACAAUCACUGGCAAAAGAAAUUUUUGCUCGGUCAUCUCAUUUUUUGGACUGGUCAAAAACUUGGAAAAAAGGUGAACUAAUCCUUGUGUAAUUGAAUCAAUGAACAUAAUUGUAUUUUUACAAAGAGACAAAAUCUAAGAUUUACAGGUAUGGAUUUGGAUCUUUUCUCAGGACAUGCAUGAAUGGUCAACAUGACUUGCGGCUUGAACUUUUGGCUGGAGUUGACCGGCCGUUAUUUUGAGCCCUUUACAUGUGAUUAAAAACAAUCCAGUGGCUUUGUUCAUGGAUUCCUCUGUUCUCCUCUGGACUCCCAUUUUCUCUUCUCCAGGUUCCACUCUCUCUGGGCCCAGAAUCAUUUUCUCUCAAAAUUUUAAACUUUUUUUCAGUGUUGUAACCAAAGAGUAAAAUUUUAGUUUACAACAAUUUGUUUUAUCUUUCAGGAAAUUUCUUGUAUUGUAUUGCUUGGUCCAAGUACUGGGUGCUUGGUGCACGACUUGUAGCAGGUUUGUUGUAAAAAUCUUUAAAAAAUGAGAAGGAGUGUAUUUUCAGGUUUAAAAAACUGCAGGCAAAGCAGAGAGUUUUUACACCUGAUAAUACACGACUGUGAGUUUUUUGAACAGUUUCAAAAUCUCUGGUAUAGAUCAAUUAUUCUUUCUUACACUAACACUAAAUUUUAUAUUUGGUGAUAUUUUGGUCUAAAAAUUGGACAUAAAGUUUAGCAGUGUCUUUUUCAGAUAUAAACAACAACAAGUUUAUUUCAGAUUAAAUAUAGCUUACAAAGCUUGUGCCCACAAUUAGCGAAGGCUAUUCGAGGCGGGUACAAGAGAAAAAGAAAAUUCUAUAAAUAUAAAUAUAUAUAUAUAUAUAUAUUAAACGAACAAUCCUAGAAGCAAUCUAGUUUGUCGUGUGGUUUAUAGCCAGAGUGAGACAGGAAGGCAGACUGUACUUCAUACAGAAGUACACCAUGUUAUGAUUUUGAGAAUUGCCCUGUAAUAUCAGAAACUCUAAUAUAGUCGUCCUCUUUUUCCAGUAUUUCAAAGAGUUUUCUCUUUAGUUUGCUUUUGAAUUGAUUUUUUUAAAGUGUUUUGAUAGAAAGUGGAAUACAAAAGACACUCAUUAAACAUAUAUAAGUUCUUUUGUUUUUUCUUUAUGAAUUAUUAAUGAGUUUUUGAAAUAAAAUGCUAUAUCAGAUUGGUUUUGUUGCUGCUGUCACUAAGACUUCACUGUAAUAUUAAAGUUCACAAAUACAGUCAUGCAAAGUUUGCAGACUGAGGGGAUAUAAGUCAAGUAAUUAAAUGAUAAUACAAUAAUAAUUAUUGUAUUAUUAUUUAAUUACUUGACUUAUAAAUGACAAUACAAUUAUUGUAUUGUCAUUUAUAAUUAUUAUUAUACCUUUGUUGUAGUUUAAACUGAAAGUCAAGUUAAAGUGAUUUUAGCCUAUUCUGAUCCUUAACUUGCUUCUCCUAAAUCCAAUUUUUCAUGAUUUUGAAUAGAUAAGGUUGGGAGUCAAGAAGUUCUAAACAUUUUGCAUGAAAGGUUAUACUGCAACCACAUGAACCAAGGCCACCCAGGCAAAAUUUUGAGACAGAUUUUGAAAUCAGCCAAUCACAAGUCAAGAUCUAAGCAAAGGACAUGGUGGGGGUGGCCUCGGUUUGUGUGGUCGCACUGUAAGAUUAGGAGACAAAGAUCUAUCAGUGCAGAUAACAGAUAUGACUUUCAUUGGUGUGUAGAUUGCUGAUCACAACCUCUUUAAUAGGCAUAGGUGCUGGCAUAGGAGGGGGUAUAUUUGCUCAAAUUGCAAGGACAACAACAGAAAAGGAAAGAACAGGGAUGUACUCCAUUGCAAUGGCCUUACGACAGUUUGGUUUGUUAGUAGGUAUGUUGAUAUCUGUUAUUACCUUGGGUUAUUUUAGGCAUACUCUAUUCAUAUAUUUUCCCUUUUAGUCCCUGCAUUAUUAAUUUNUAAAGUGAUUUUAGCCUAUUCUGAUCCUUAACUUGCUUCUCCUAAAUCCAAUUUUUCAUGAUUUUGAAUAGAUAAGGGUGGGAGUCAAGAAGUUUACAACAUUUUGCAUGAAAGGUUAUACUGCAACCACAUGAACCGAAGCCACCCAGGCAAAAUUUUGAGACAGAUUUUGAAAUCAGCCAAUCACAAGUCAAGAUCUAAGCAAUGGACACAGUGGGUGUGGCCUUGGUUUGUGUGGUCGCACUGUAAGAUUAGGAGACAAAGAAUCUAUCAGUGCAGAUAACAGAUAUGACUUUCAUUGGUGUAUAGAUUGCUGAUCACAACCUCUUUAAUAGGCAUAGGUGCUGGCAUAGGAGGGGGUAUAUUUGCUCAAAUUGCAAGGACAACAACGGAAAAGGAACGAACAGGGAUGUACUCCAUUGCAAUGGCCUUACGACAGUUUGGUUUGUUAGUAGGUAUGUUGAUAUCUGUUAUUACCUUGGGUUAUUUUAGGCAUACUCUAUUCAUAUAUUUUCCCUUUUAGUCCCUGCAUUAUUAAUUUUUAUUAUUUGAGCACUCUUAAUGGUUUUUGUGCCUCAUAUAAAAUAUUUCCCACCAAUUUUCUUUGUUGUUAUGUGAUUUUCAGGGCCUGGCCUCAACCUCUUUUUAAGGGAAUUCAAUGUGAAGUUAGGUCCAUUUUUGAUUGACAAGUACACUGCACCUGGUGUAAGUUGAGAUUUGAUUAAUAAAAUAUACUACUAUUCAUUCAAACUAUUUCCCCGAUUCUGAUUGGCUAGAAGCACACGUUUAAUUCACCAUAACCAGUUACUGAUAACCAAAUUUGGAAGAAAUUUGACUUUAACGAGGAAAUUAAGUCAAAAAUGCAGCGUUUUCGUAGGUUAAGGCACCGUUAACCGGGAAGAUCUGGGGAUGAGUUUGAGUUGUUUUGGUUGUGAACUUCAAAAAAUGGCAGACAUUUCACUCGUUUUAAGAGUAAGAACUAGGCAAAAAAAUAGCUAAAAACAUGGCAAGAACAGCAAGAAGACAAUUCGAAGGGCGACAUCUGCUAUUUGGAGAAUAUUUGCGGAGCUGGACAAACCUAAAUGGACACUAUCGAAGAUGAACUGGACAUCGACAGAUCGAUGGAGGUAAGCACGUUUUAGCUAUGUUUUUAAACUAGGAAUUAUUUUGAAUGAAUAAUAAAACAGUUAUUGAAUUCGGCUUUCGUGUCAUAUGAAGAAUUAUGGAGAUCUCGGAGGGUGUUAUCCGCCUCGACCUACGGCCUCGACGGAUAACAACCUCCUCGAUCUCCAUAAUUCUUCAUAAUACUCAGCCUCAUUCAUUAACUGUUAAUUACUCUGAAUUAUUCUGACUGUCUUCGUAACUGUGAAUUAUGAUACACUUUGUUUAUUUUGGACAAUAUGGCCAUAAUUUUUGUUGUUGUUUUUGUUAGCCUUGUAGUUAAACUUGAUUUAUAAAUUUGGCCUUUUUGGUUAUUAGUAAAUUUUUUUUCCUUAAUUUCAUACAUUGUGUGGGAAACCAGUAUGUAUUUUAUAAUGAGUAUAUCAAACACGGUCUCUUAUAACAGUUUUUGCAAAUGUUUUGAGCUGGCCAAGGAUCGGGUCAAUACUCCUAGGCAGGCUUUAUGCUACAGAAACUGGUAUACGCUCCGGCUGUUUGGGCCUUUGGCUUAUCUGUGCCUUUUCCUUUACCUUACAAACAUACACGGCUACACCAAAGAAUUUAUUUCUCGUUUUUUGUUUGGCAGAUCUUUAUGGCUGUUGUAUGGCUGAUCGUAGAGCUUAUAAUGGUGUUCUUUUACUUUGAUUUGCCAAACGUGAUGAGUGAAAAUGAUGAUGAUUUAUGUGUGUCAACUGAUAACAGUGUUAACAGCAACGGGUAUGUGAAAGGUGAAAAACAGAAACUCACCAACAUCGAUGGAAGUUAUCGCAAACGUCGGAGGACAAAUUCUGUAGUGGAUGAUUGGCACUUGGCCAAAGGUUGGUUUACUCUAUGUCAGUGGCAGGCAUUUGGUUGAUAUAUAUAUAUAUAUAUGGCGAAUGGUGAAAUCUAAGAGAUUCCUAGAUACUCUUGCUUGAAAAUCUAAGACCUUGUAGUAACAAGCUACAUACUCUACAUUAAACUUCAUAUAAUCAUAAUUAUAGUACCUGCAUAUUUUUUUGUUUAACAAAAAAAAUCAGAUGAUUUAAUACAUUAUUGCCCAACUCGCUUGCAUGGCAUCGUUGUCAUUCUUGAAAUUCAGCAUGGAAUUUUUUUGUGAAGUUAAAUUUGGUUCAGGUAUUUAAUUUUGCUUUUGCUUUAAGUCGAAGGGCUUUUUUUGGUUUUAUUGUAUGACCCCAUUUGCAACUCCCUGUCGCCUAAAGAAUAAUCAGGGGUCUUGAAAACAAUUAUUACUUAUUCACAAACAUUUUGUCAUAUUUAGUUCCUGGUUAGUUUGCAGGCAGCAUCAUAUACUUUAACCCCAAUUCAUUUAUCACUGUAACAUUUGCAUUGCUAGAUCUCGUCAAAGAGGAAGUCAUUGUCAUUUUAGCUUCACAGUUCAUGAUCUUUUUCAAUGAAACAGCUUUGGAGGUUUGUACUUAAAAAAUAACAGUUGAAAUUGUUUAUUAAUCAAGGGCUGACUCUCACUAUGAAAUCCAGAGAUUUCUCAGGUGUUUUGACAAAACUGAUAUAGACUGGAAUAAGAACAAAAAUAUAUGGUUCUGGAUAAGUUCUUUUUUGGAGUAGAAAAUUAAAUUAAUUGAAACAGUAAUCCCCUUAGCUUUUUUGCUGGCCUGCAGCUGUUGCUUACAAAGUGUUAUUGGCAAAUCUACUAGAGUUCCACUCACCCUUUUUUCAGUCCAAACUGAGAAGAAAAAACUAUCUUUUAGAGCAGCCACUAGUUAUCUCUGCCCUUUGUCUGGAUCUGCCACUGUGCUUAUAUGUUACUAAAGAAUUUCAUUUUGUUUCUUUUUUGUUGCAGUCUAUUUUUACUCCUUUGUCAGAGUAUCUUUUAGGUUGGAAAGAAAUUGAAAAUAGCAUUGCCUUUUGUUUAAUAGCUUUUGAGGUGAGAAUGUAUUUUUGCCAAUUUUUAGAAACCUAGUUUUGUUGGGAUUAGAUAAAAAAAAAGUUCUUUUUGUAGACUAUUAAUUCUUUUGUCUAAGCUUAAGAAAUUUGGCAUUUAAGAACCUUUAGGCUGCAGUUUGGCCACAUUCCCCCUAUAGAUGCAAGAACCAACCAUCUAUUAAUUUUUGAAAAAUGUUUUUGAACAGUGGUCGUGUUUGCAUUCAGCUAGAAUGCAGCAUGGGUGGUGACAUGACAACCUUGUAUGUACUCUGGGUGUCACGCAGAGUGACCCCUUCCCCCUUCUUGGAGAAUCUAUGCUCCUGUGUGAUAAAGCAAUUUAUCAUUGCCCAUUUCCAAGUUGCUCUUGGCUUCUUUACUAAGGUAUGACCUGUGCACAGCUAUUCAUUUGGAAAUGAGUUUUAUUUGCAUUUGAAUGAUCAGAACUGUUAUUCAGACAAAAGGACGAGCGCCAGGACUCACUUUAGGAAAGGGGCUAAAAGUAACACAGAAAUACCAGAAACGAUCUGUGAAUCAGAAGUGAAUCUGCUCACAGGGUACUCAGAGAUGGCCUGUGUGGCCGUCUAAAAUUUCAAGAUUUGGAGUUGGGUAUCGGGUGCCAUGGCAUGGAAAAAAUUCAACCUUAUUUUAUAAUUUGAUAGCCAAGCCACUUAUACAAGAACUGUCUGAAAAUAUGCGAGUUAACUUUUUGUUGUAUUACCCAUUUGUUGUUUCCUUGUAGGCUAUUUCAGUAUUUAUUCUUGUGAGGAAGAUAAGUCUCAAGUUAGCUGACAGGUAAACAACCGGGGGGGGGGACGGGGGGAGGGACCCCCAUAUGAAAGGGGUGGGGAUGCUUGUCGUGUCAGUUAGGGGUGCAGUAAAUUUCAGAUUUUGGUCUCGCUUAGGGUGUUCUGGGCAAAACGCCAUUAUAUUUAGCCGUAAAGGUCUCUUUUAGGGUUGCUCUUGAAGAAAUGUUAAAAAAUGAUAUCUUUUGCAUUCGUUUUAUUUACUCGAUUCAUGCAAUCAAAGUUUAAAAUGAUCACUUGUAGGGGUCAAAGAAAGGUUGGGCCAUGCCCAGAUUGGUCUCCUUUAGGGGUUUAAUUCAAAAUUUCUGACAAGCAUCCUCACCCCUUUCAUAUGGGAUCCCCCUUAGGGUAAACAAUAGUCAACAACCUUCAGGGUUAUCAUUAAGUGCCAGUAGCCAGCCAAAAAAAAAAUGAGGGACUGAAAGCUCCAAAUUGCCUACAGCACUGGAUUGCCAAGCCGAUCACUACUAACAUAUCCUACCUGUCUACAUAAAAUACUUAAUGAGAACCCUCAGAGAGUCGUUGCCUUUGCCUGCUGUCUACUACCCUAGCGCUGUGAGCUAAUACCCUUCAAUUCCUAACUCACUCCUAAGGCUGUAACAAUACAUCGAACUAUUGAUUAAUCAUGAUACUAAUGUUGCGAUAGCGAUGGAUCGAUAGUCAAAAUGAGACAUCAAUAACAAUCAUGAUAGUUAGUAUGUUGAGUGUGAUCGUCCGGGUGAACGUAGUAGGACUGUUGUUGUUGACAGUGACAAAAAAAGGAGAUGAUGAAAACUAUUGCAUUACCAUUGCAGUAGUACCUCCACUAUCACAAUACAAUCACAAUAUGCAUUUGACCUAUUGCAAUACAAUAUGUAAAAGUCAAAAUUUCCUCAAUAGUCACCCCUAGUCAGUCCCCAGCUAUUAUAUUAUUAUGAGUGGUGUGUUAUGAGAGUAUGAGGUGAGUAUUUAGCAGGGGUAGAUGGAGAGGGGAAAUCAGGAUUAGAAGAUUAUUCUUCUUUUUCCCCUCUUACUAUUUUGUUUCCUCUGUCUUUUGUAGGUGGUUAAUAGUUAUUGGAAUUGCUUUUGAGGGUUUUGCGCUAGUUUGGUAUCUUGCUCUUUUAGCUAAUGCAAAGCCAUGUAAGUUACUGUCCACAGUACAAAAAAAUGCAUUUGCACAAAUUUCUUCCUUGAAAAUAUGUUGCAAAUAUAUAAAUGCUGACAAGUAAAUAUAUGGCAAACGUGGUAAAUGCCACAUUUUCCUACUUUUUCCCCCCCCCCCCCCCCCCCUGGUAUUUACUAUGUUUGCAAUGUAUUUACUCCUCUGCCUACAGUAUUUACAAUUAUUUGUGACAUAUUUUAUUCAGGGAGCAAAUUUGUGCAAAUCCAUUUUUUCAUCCAGUGUGAAGUAAUAAUGAAAUUGUCUUCAUAUGAUCAGAAGCUAUAUCUAUGCUUUGAGUUAGGAAAGGACACUAUCCAGAAAAACAUUGUAGUGAAUAUAAAAAUGUUUUUUUGUAGGUAAAAUCUAUUCUCAGCUCUAUAAUCCAGUAAUUAACCUAGCCAGAUUCACAUUUUUUUCCAAACCCUAAUUAUUUGUAGGAGACAAAAGUAUGUCUGGUUUACCCGAGAAAGUCUCCUUUAGUUCUAAUCCUCACCUAAACACAAGCAAUUCUGUCAAACAUUUAGUCAUGUGAAAAUGGAAAAUAAUUUUUUGUAAUAAUUAUGAGGUACCCAAUGCCUGAGUUAAGUUAAGUUCUUGAUAUAAAGAGUUAUUAUUUUGGAAAGGAAAUUAAUUGAAAAUGCUAUGUAACAUUGCAUGAGCUGGAAACACCCAUUGUAAUAUUUCUUGGUAGUUUCACCUCGCUAAUUAAGUAGUUUUUUUCUCUCCUUGAACUUCAAAUUUAACAAUGAGUCAAUGUCAGCUUUUUACCUGCAGGUUAGGUUACGAGUGCAGUGGCCUUUUUUAGUUUCUUUUAAUCANAGAGUUAUUAUUUUGGAAAGGAAAUUAAUUGAAAAUGCUACGUUGCAUGAGCUGGAAACACCUAUUGUAAUAUUUCUUCGUAGUUUCACCUCGCUAAUUAAGUAGUUUUUUUCUCUCCUUGAACUUCAAAUUUAACAAUGAGUCAAUGUCAGCUUUUUACCUGCAGGUUAGGUUACGAGUGCAGUGGCCUUUUUUAGUUUCUUUUAAUCAGUCAAGAAAAAAAAAAAUGUCAUAUUUCAAGAAAGGACACCACUUUUGCAGGUUAGUAUAGGUAAUAGCAUGAUUUGUAGUGAUAUUUGGCAUAAAUACCACGAGUGAUAUUUCAAAAUUGUUAUACAUAAUUUCACGAGCCGUUAGGCGAGUGAAAUUUGAGACAAUUUUGAAAUAUUGCUAGUGAUAUUUAUGCAAAAUAUCACGAUCAAAUCAUGCUAUUAUCUGUUUAUACUACUACCCGCAAAAGGUGUGUAAUUUUCACAUGUAAUAAGGUGAAAUACCACUGCUCUAAGCCAAUCAAAUUGUAGAAAUUUCUCAUGUAGUAGUAUAAAUAAAGAAAUAACAACUGUAUUUUUCUCUCUUUUUUUUCAGAUGAGUCAGUUGUCUUGCCUACCCUUAUAGUUGGGACCUUAGUAAUUGUGUUUGGUUUGCCGUUUUUCGCUGUGGCAAAUGUUUCCCUUUACUCUAAAAUUACUGAUGAGAAAACACAAGGUAAAUCAAGCAACACAGAACAGCCAACUGACUGCAGGUUGCUGGUUAUAAAAUUAUUACUAGUUUAAAAAGAAGUUGCUUCCCCUCAAUUUUCAACUGUGAUGGCAUUAAAAAAUGCCUUAGGAACAUCCACCCUAAAUUUAUGAUGGUUUGGUUCGUUAAGUGAAUACGUGGUCAUGCAUGCUACAGUGGAACCUCGAUUUAACGAAGUGCCAAGGGACUGGCAAAAUGUGUUCACUAUAACGACGUUUAGUUAUAUCAAGGUUCUUUUUCAUAUAUUUUACCAUUACUGGGGUAAAGAAAAUCGUUCGUUUUUUCGAGGACUUCGUUACAUAGAGGUUUGUUAUAUCGAGGUUCCACUACAAAAGUCCUUAAUGAUCUUAAUCUUCAGUGGAUUAGAAAUUGUGGUGAAUAAAGUAGGAAAAUCUUGUCUUGUGUAGAUUUCUUUCUAGGUUUUUUUUUCGUUGUUGUUGUUUUCGUUGCAAAUUUGGUUUGAAUUAUGCAAAAUAAUUUGUAAGGUUAAAUUUGUAUUUUCUUUGUCCAACUGAAAUUAUUGAAACUGAAUUUCUAUUGUGAAAAGAUUUUUUUCUUGCUAGUUACGUAAACUUUCAGGAAAUUUUUUAAGAAGGCAGAUAUUCACACUGUCCAGAGUCCACAGUUGAGAUCUGUUACAGAGACGGGGGAGAGGGCCCUACAGAACCGGUCUGUGUUUUUCUAUGAGGCUGCUAUAAUAUGCCAUUCUUAUUUGGUUAUUCUGUGCUCUGUGUUGAUUCUGUGGUGGUCUUCCAGGCAUUGCUCAAGGUAUUCAGAGAUCGGUCACAGGCGUGGCAAUGAUCCUGGGUCCCUUGUGGGGAGGCGCACUCACCAAAAGGCUUUACCUGAUGUUGGGAGUCAUGGCUGGUCUCGAAGUCAUCUUAGCCGUAAGUUGAACAAGAGGCGUGGUUUCGUUUGCCUCGUUCAUGUUUAUAGUUUUUGUACAGCAAGAGGUUUCUGGGUAACUGACCAGCUCCCCACUUUUGUCACAAUUUUGCCCUAACUGAGAAGUUGACAUAUGGGGAGGGGUGGGUGGUCAGUUGUAACUCAGAAACCUCAAUCACCCAAAUCGGUACAAACUGUUAUACAUUAAGCCAAUUUUCACUUGCUUCUUUCAUCCUUUCUUGUUUAGAUUUUAAUGUUCUUGUCCUUUCACCGUCUUAAAGUGCCAGAGAAACAAACACCUCCUCCACAGUAUGGUGAAAUAAACGCGGACAAUGAGCGACAACCGUUGCUGGCGUGAUUGGAGGGAAGGUCUUGGACAGAAGAGUUCUCUUGAAAUGAACUUCUAAGGAAAUGGUUGUGCGCUGGGUGCGGAGAUUGAGAACGCUGCACACCGGCUCACAUCUAACGUUAGUUGGACGAUCUCUCGUAUAACACCUAAGGAGAAACUACCCUUAGGCCCGGUUCAGGUGCCGAACUUUUCAUGAGCCGAUCCUAAUUCGAAUUAAGGCCGACCCAAAUUAUUUAGACCGACUGAAUUGAUUAAGACGCCGAUCUUAAUUCCAGCCGGACUUGAUUCAAAAGGUGAAAAAUAUUCAUUUCCGUAAAUUUGCUCAGAAAAUACGUGACAUAAUAAUUAAUGCAUUUGGUUCGGCACAUGAAAAGUUCGGCGUCUGAAUCAAAGCCGAUCCAAAGUCGAGGCGAGAAGGUCGGGAAGAACGGCUAAGCCGUUCCAAAUUAAAACAGGCAUUCCUAAUUGACGCCGAACUUUUCAUGUACUUAACCCAUUC